CUUGGUGAAAAUUCAAAAAUUCGCGCCAUGUAUCGAUAACCAGACUAAAGAGGUUAUGUGAGGUUAGGUUCACAAAACCAGACAAAACGAUUCUUUUUUUUUUCAUGAAAUGUGUAAGAACACUUAACUUCGGAAUUAUGUCUUUUUUAAAACUGUUAACAUUGUGGGAACGUUGCCCAACGACAAAAAUUGGAUACCCCACAAGAUCCUUAUACUUAAGUUCUAAACUGCAACUGAAACAAAUUGAGGAAGUUAUCACUGACAACACUGUAACAAUCAGUGCAAAAAUAUUACCUUCCGAACGAGAACCACAUCUUUUAAAAAACGCCAACCCUGUGGUGUGUCCCGUUUGUGCCUCUGGUUUAGACAUUAAACACACAGACGUUUUAAUUUUAAGUCAGUUUGUUCGUUCAGAUGGCUGUAUGUUACCAAGAAGAAUCACAGGGUUGUGCAGAAAACAGCAAAAACGUAUGUCAGCGUUAGUCACAAUGGCCCACAAAGCAGGGUUGAUGCCCAAUUUAAAUCCUCCCAACAGCAACAAAGACCCGAAAAAACGCCAUCAUUGGAAAAAGUUUAAUAAGUAUUUUGACGAGUCUACAAUAAAAACUUAAAAAAAAUACAUAGAAACUUAAAUUAAUAAAAGCGUCAUUUCAU